GUUGAGGCGUGUGUUUGUUUUGCAGCCUGUCUGCGGAGUAGGACCCGAUAAGGACCGGUCAACGAAUCAGGUGGAGUUUCCCCAGUAAAGGGACGCAGGAGCGGGGUUACAUAUGCCCUUCGUUUUAAUGUCGCAUUAUCGUGUCUGGGAGAGGGUUAUUUGACAAGCCUAACCAUGACUUCGGUUUGGAAGCGGCUCCAGCGGGUCGGAAAGAAAGCGGCCAAGUUCCAGUUUGCGGCUUCUUUUCAAGAACUGAUGAUAGAAUGCACACAUAAAUGGCAACCAGACAAACUGAGAGUGGUGUGGAUCAGGAGAAACAGACGCCACAACACAAAGCUCCACAGCUGGCAGCCAGGGAUCAAGAACCCCUACAGAGGACUGGUGGUUUGGCAGGUUCCAGAGAGCUUAGGCAUUACUGUCACACUCUAUAAGGAACCUACUGCAGAGGAGUUUGAAGACAAAGAUUGGACUUUUGUCAUUGAAAAUGAGACAAAAGGCCACAGGAAGGUGUUGGCAUCAGCUGAUAUCAAUAUGAAGAAGUAUGCCAGUGUCACGCCGGCCCAGUAUGAUGUAACACUGAAGCUCAAACCGCUGUCUGUCAAAGUGGUGGAAGCCACAUUGAAACUCAACAUAUCUUGUAUUUUUCUCAAAGAGGGCAAGGCUACAGAUGAGGACAUGCAGAGUUUGGCCAGUCUAAUGAGUAUGAAACAGAGCGACAUUGGAAAUCUGGAUGAUUUUAAUGACAGUGAUGAUGAAAUUAGCGAGGAACGGAAGACCAGCUUUGGGACUGGACAAGCUAUACAUGUUAAUGUUUCAUCCUCUCUGCCCAUUGGUGAGUCUUUGGAGCAAAAACCUCAGGGAGGUUCUGGGUUUGUUUCUUCCUGGAGAUCCCACUUUACUCCUUCAGCAGAGAACCCCUCACCUUCUCCUCUAAGUUCUUCUUCUGUUCUUGUGCUCUCUGGGCCUCCUCCUCCUCCUCAGGCAAAUAUAUCCCAAACUGCCAUAGUCUCCUCCAGUGACCAAGAUGCAGAAUUUAAAAGACAGUUGAGCACACUGAGUGAAGAGGAUACAGCACCUACAACCUCUGAUCCCAGUGCCCCUACAAGCCAGAAGUCAGAACUUUCCACGGCUUCACAGCAGAAAAAAGAAGAGCAUUUUGGAAUUAAGGUUGUUAAGGCAACACCAGGACAUGAACACAUGGUUUUACUACAGCCAUCAUGUCCAGUUGUUGCUGGUGCACCAGAACUCUCAUUCCAAACCCAAAUAAAUAAUGCUGAACAUCAACUAGAAAAACAUCCUACAGACAAGACCAUACAAUGGGAGGAGCCACCAAAGGGGAUGACAGAGGCAACUAAAAAUACAUCAGAGAAUGAAAGUGACAUGGCAACAGAAACGGUCACUAUAGUCACACCAUCGCCUGGUGCUGCCAUGAUGUUAGACACUGGUGAUGAAAUGAAGACAGAGAUAGAAGAUGGAAUAAUAGAUCUGUUGCCAAUAUGCCCCACAGUCAGUGGAAUAUUUGAAUUUCCUGUUACUACUAAACAAAUGAAUGAACACCUGCUGGACAGUGAGUCUGCUUGGAGCAAGCCAUCAAAGGAUGAAGUUAUAAUUACUGAGUCUGCUCUUCAUUUACAAGAACAGGCAGGUCAAGUAGAACAAAUGGUGAAUAUAGACUCUUCCCAGCCUGGUGCACAAUGUGCGCCAUAUUAUGUGAAGCCUGAAACUGAGUAUAAACAGUCCACUUUCUUGGAAGCCUGUUCCCUUAAAACAAAUAUUGCUGGCAUACCAUCCAAAUUAGCCAUUGAAGAAGAAAAACACUGGCUUAUAGAUCAAAAGUCAAUCUGGGAGAAACAAUCAAAAAUGAAGGAAGUAUUACCAGCAUAUGCAUCAAAGGAAGAUGGAAAGAACAAUAAGGAAAUGGUUGUACUGACAUCGUCUUGUCCUAGAGAAGCCAGAAAUCCUGGGUUCCCAUCUGUACUGCAACAGAGUUUUGUUUAUCAUAAGCAAAGUAUGGUGGAUAUUUAUCCCUGUUGUCCAAGGGUAUCCACUAUACCUGGUUCACCAUCUAUCACUGAAGCCAAUAACAGAUCAUGGGUAUCUCAACAGGAGCCACUUUUGAAGAAGAACAUAAAAACUAAAGUUACUGUCAUGACAGUGUCACCAAAAGAGAACAAUGAAAUUAAGCAAAUGGGAGCUUUGAUAAGAACUUGCCCAAAGCAUUCGUGCACACCAGGAAUUCCCUCUAUUAUACAAACUACUAUAUUAAAUGCUGGAUCAGAUAUUGUGAGCCUUUUAAGUUCUUGCCCAAAAACCUCUUGUAUUGAAGGUAUUCCAUCAUUAAUGGAGCAUCAAUUGAGCAAAAGCUGGACUACAGAUUGCAAACCUCUAGGUAUAACACCACCAAAAAUGAAUCUAGUCAUGAUUGAAGAUAGACCUUACAAUGGUGAGAUGAAGGCCAUGUCAACUUUAUCCCAAACCUGUCCAAAAGAAGCUUGUAUCCCUGGAUUUCCAUCUGCUCUUGAACCUACAGUAAUCUAUAAUGGGUCUAGUAGUGUCAAUCUCCUUCCAUCUUGCUUGGCUGUCUCAAGUAUGGCGGGUUUUCCAUCAUUGCAGAAAGCUGACAGCAAAGACUGGGACACUAUUCAGAAGCCAUUAUGGUGGAAGCAAAUUAAAAAAGAGCCUGUAUUACUAUUGGUAAAGAGUAAAAUAGGCCAAGAUGUGAAAGGAAUGGUUUCUCUUGCACAAAGUUGCCCAAAAGAAUCACACAUUUCUGGUUUUCCAUCUGCACCAAAAGCUAGAUUGAGUAAUGUUGUUGACAUGACAAAUAUGGUCAGUCUUUCAAUCACAUGCUCAAAGGUGUCACAGAUACCAGGAGUGCCAUCAUCCUACAACUCAAAAGAGUGGACAGUUAGCAGGGAGUCACUGUUUCAACCAAGAAUGAAAGAAAAGCAGGUGUCAUUGACUGACCAAUGUGAAAGAGAUAAGAGAGCGAUGAAAGCAAUGGUUUCCCUUGUACCAUCCUGCCCAAAAGAGGCACUGACGCCAGGAUUCCCCUGUCAUCCAAAUCCAGUAGCUCUAUAUUGUGCUCCAGAUAUUAUAAGCCUUUUUACAUUGUGUUCCCAAGUUUCCAAAAUACCUGGUUUCCCAUCAGUUGAUGGAGUUAUGAGUGGAGGAUGGGUAACAGAAAAGGGGUCACUGUUGAAGAGGCUGCCAAAGAAGACCAUCAUAGUUGACACAUCAAAUGACAACAAAAAGAUAAUGAAGAAUAUGGUUUCUUGUGUACCAUCCUGUCCUAAAUUAUCGAGUGUUCCUGGUUUCCCAUCUAUUCCAAAUCCCAAAAUGCUGUAUUAUGUGGUCAACCUUCUUCCUAUGUGCCCCCUAGUUUCAACCAUACCUGGAUUUUCAUCAGUUAGAGAGCACAAGAAAAAAGGAUGGGUUACUGAACUGGGUUCACUGAUGCACAGAACAGGAAAGGAUAUUAACCUUAGGAUUAACACCUCACCAAAUGACAUAGACACAUCAAGCAACAUGUUUGAAAUGGUUCCUUCUUGCCCAAGAGCAUCAAAGGUUCCAGGCUUCCCCUCAGUCCCUCAGUACAGUAUGCUGAGUCUUGUACCUGUUUGCCCCAAAGUAUCAAGUUUCCCAGGAUUUGCAUCCUUUGAAGGGGCCUCGAAAUUCCAGUGGCAUUUUGAUACACACACUUUGUGUCAUAAGCUUCAAAAGGAGACAGUUUCUGUGAUACAGAGUACAAGUCAAGCAGGAGAAACUGCGAAGACGAUGUUGGACUUAGCACCAUCUUGCCCAGAAGCAUCCAAGAUCCCUGGGUUCCCCUCUGCACCUAAAACUAAGUCCAAGACUCAACACAAUAUGAUAAGUUUCAUACCUUGCUGCUCCAGUGCUUCGAGUCUCAAAGGAUUUGCAUCCAUGACUACAGUCCCAGGCACAAGGUGGCUAAGUGAAACAAAGCCAAUCUUGAUAAAGCCUCAGAAGAAGAGAGCAGAAAAAAUUAUGGGACUUGUUGGACAGGACCAGCAAUAUUGCUACAACACAAAAAGUAUGGUGACUUUAGUAACAUCAUGUCCAAAGCAAGCCAGAGUAUGGGGUUUUCCUUCUGCUCAAGUUGUAAACAGACUACCAGAUAUGGUCAACUUACACACAUCUGUUCCAUGUGUUUCAUGUGUCGCAGGCUUUCCAUCAGCAAGGAUGCUUAGCUCUGAAUGUAUAAAAAUACAAACUAGGACACCAUAUAGCAAGUCCUUGUUUGAGAAACCGCAGAAUGUGAAGAUUUUUAUUGCAGAAUUUCCAGCAGAACAUAAACAAGAUGCCAUCAAGUACAUGGUAGCAAUGGCUCCAUCAUGCCCACAUUUGACUCUAAUUCCUGGGUUUCCCAGCAUUUCACAGUUGAAUCCAACAGAGGAACCAACGAUGACUUCUACUGAAAAAUAUACAUCGCAAGAAUUGCCUCAUGUACAGUCAACUCAUUCAUAUAUCAAAGACACAAGAAUUUCUGGUACUCUCUCUACACCUGUUAGCAUCCCCAGCACAGAACUUGCAUAUGGUGAGAAAUUUACAGUUUUAAGAUCAAGGUCAUUUAAUUUUUUAUGUCUUGUUUCGUUUCGCAUAUUUUACUACAGUAUGUAUGUUUUUAUGACAGAGGAGAAAAUCGAAGAUAGUGCAAAGCAAAACAUUGACCUUUCUGUAGAUAAUGGCAAAACAAAGGUAGAGCAUAAUGCAGCAGAUGAGGCCCAAACUUUAAGGAGACCAUCAGACACAUCAGAGCCAGCAAGAGUCUUGGGUUGGGAAGUACUGGAGGCAGAGGGAUCAAUAACAGAAAAACAGGCAGACUCCCCUUUUUCAGUUAAGGAGGACGAGGCCUCAGGAUUAGUAAAGACUAUUGUGGAUGUUUUCCACAAAGGUUAUGAAACAGUAGCAUCUAUUUUGGGGCCAUCUAGCUCUACUUUAACUGAAGUGGAUCACCAACCCAGGCCCAUAGAGGAGACUGCCUCUAUGAGUCUGAAAGACAAGAUGGUGACCCCCUCAGAUGAGUUUUUUCCACAUUUCGUGGACAACACUACUCCCAUACAGAAGAUAGAGGGGUAUUCUGAGGACAUGAACACCAAGCAUGACAUUGAAUAUCCAACAAGUGUUGAGCCUUACAUAUGGAACUUGGUAGGUGAUCGUUCAUCUUCUCCAUCACCAACUACCGACAGUGAUGAUGGGUUUUUAAUUUGUUCAAGCAUGAAGAAAUGGCCGCCAUUGACAGAGGCUGACAUUACGGAAAUAUCAAAGGAAAAUGGUGAACAAGUAGAGGAACAAGAGGCCUCUCUUGACCAAUGGGAUACAAAGGAAAAAUCACUUCCAGGUCAGGAUGUUCAGACAUCACUGUACACUGAAAGUUUGUUAGUAAGGCAUCAGACUGAGGCAGAACAGGAUGAGGUUUUAACCGUGUCAUCUUCUGCACAGCUGGAUAAAGGCCCCCAACAAGCAAGCAUCGAAGAAAUUUCUACUACUUUCCUGAAGCCUACAUCAAAUGAACUACUCACAGAUGACAAUGAACAUAGAGAAGUACUCUUGGAUAACUCUUCAUAUGAUCAAAACAUAAGUCCACUAAGACAACAUGUUGACACUGCUGUUCCUCAGCAAGGCAGAAAGCCACAGACUAAAGUUCAUAAGCACAAAUGUGAAGCUGAAUGUGUGCAAAUAUCCAUGGAUGUUAUUCCUCCUCCUCGUGUGAAAAGAAAGGAUGGUAGUUUGCCACCUGAAAUUCCAGAGAAAACUGCCCCUUACAAGCCCUUGAGGACAAAAAGCAGUGUUACUACAGAGAAAUCGGAUCUGACUCAUGACCAACAUUUGAAAGCCCAAGGUAGUGUAGCUUUAGAAACGUCUGAUCCUGUUCUUCCACAACCGUGUGACAUCAAGUCUGAUGUCUCAGUAAAACCAAGUAAAACAACCACUGAAAUGAUCUCUUAUACUGUACGAAAAAAAGACCACCCCACCAAACUGCGCUCUGAAGAAACUGAUUUUUCAGGGAGUGCAACUAUACAGACAGAGACAGAAUUGGUCUGCUCAAAGGACACAGAACAAACCUCUUGUGCUCAAGAAUGGCCCAAAAAAGACAUUAAUGCAUCUAUUCAAUCCUCUUCUCACAAAGCUCCUCCUGUGGAAAAAAAGUGGAGUAAGGGCAUCACCCCAAAGCCAGAACGACAGAUAUUUCAUGUUGAGCAAAUUGCUCCUCUCUCAAUCAUUAAGAAGAUAUCUCUUCCACAACGUGGCAAAAAAUUGUCUUUAAAUAAAUUUGGAAAAAUUGAAAGUGACAAGGGAAUUACAGCACAAAAUUUUGUUUCAAACAAGGAGUCUGUAAAACCUGUCCAGAUUGACAAUGUUGUGAUUGGUAACAUGGAAAAGGUAAAGAAGUCAAAGAUGACUGGUGAUACAUUUGAUAAGUUAAUCAAAAUUGCAUCUUCUCAAAAAUCAGAGGAUUCAUCAGAGAUAGCAGAGGCAGAAAGGGACAAACAAGCAACUUUUCUUAUCCCAAGGCCUCGUGUGAGGAAACAUUUCAGUGGUUCCUUCCCAGAUGACUUUACAGCUACAGAGAGCACACCUCAGGCUUCCAUUGGGGAAGAAGCACAGGCAGCAAGGCAAGGUGGUCCUUUAUCCAUUUUCUCAACAACUAAAGAAUUGUCAGUAGUGCAACACAGCCAAGACCUUCCCCCACUUUCUCUGGAUGAUCAGCCUUCUACUUCUAAAGAAGUGGCCGGUAUACAGUUGAGGAGACGCAGACUGUCCACUGAGAACAGUGUUCAAGUACAGGAUGAUGAUACUUUAGUGAAGACACCAAGACCUUCAAGUUUACCUGUACCAAAACCAAGAGUAAGGAAAUAUAUCAGUGAUGUGUUCCCAGGUGACUUAACAAUUUCUGACACAGUAGCUGAUACCAUUAGUCCGGAUACAUUCCAGCAGAAUGAACAAUCAGGCUUGACUGUUCCUUUGCCUCAUGCCAACAAACGUAUUAGUACAACUUCUUUAGAUAGCAUACCAGACAAUUUAUGCCCCCCCGAAAUGGAAUUGUCUCAGAGAAACCCGGAGGACAUAUCUGUUAAGGAGACCAAGGAGGAAUCAGCAUUACUGGAUUCAAGCGCAAUAUCUCAAGAAGGCUUUGUCACAGCCCACUGUGAAGAUGAUGUUACAUCAGAGUUGGAACGAGAAGUGCUAGCAGCAAUGCAAGAAGAAGAUUUUCCUCAGCCACUCUCUGGAGAAGAUACAGAGAAGGCACUGGAUGAAAUCAUUGAAGGCUGGACGAUUACAGAUAAACUUGUUACAGAUGACUCAGAGGAAGCUACAGAAACAGUGUCAGAACAGGUUGACACUGAAAAAGUUCUGGAUGCAGAGGUUGAAAGGUCCCUUGCUUCCACUGUUGCAUCUUCUCAGGAUGACUGGCUGCAUGUAGAGGAUGAAAAAGAGAGUGAACCAAUGGAAUUAAACACAAGGAAAGAAAUUAAGGAUGAAGAUUUUGACUUUGGCAUUGUACCUGUAGAUGUAACUGCUGGUUGUAUAGAGGAUCAAAGGCAAAGGAAGAAAGCAGAAGAAAUUUCAAAUCAGCCUGUACCUGUGCCUGGAAGCAAGAAGGGGCUGAGUGCUUCUUACUUAGAUGACAGAAAGUCACCUCCAACUAAUGAACCAACAAUAUCUCAAGAAGGAUGUACAGAUGGUGCUGCCUCUCUGGAAAGCCAAAUGGCAGGUCCUACCUUAGUGACGUCCAGUCAGUCUCUGCUGGAAUGGUGUCAGGAAGUCACACAGGGUCACAAGGGAAUGAAGAUCACCAACUUCAGUACUUCCUGGAGGAAUGGCCUGGCCUUUUGCGCCAUCUUACAUCACUUCCACUCAGAAAAGAUUAAUUAUGAAAUGCUGGACCCAUAUGACAUCAAGAACAACAACAAAAAGGCCUUUGAUGAGUUUGCGAAACUUGGCAUUUCUAGGUUGAUAGAGCCUUCAGACAUGGUCAUGCUAGCAGUGCCUGACCGCCUCAUUGUGAUGACUUACCUUAACCAGAUCCGCACUUAUUUCACUGGUCAGGAGCUCAGUGUGCUUCACAUAGCGAAGGACAGCAAUGAGUCCAGUUAUGCAGUAUCAGGGGACCUGGAUCACCAAGAGGACCCUGAGGCAACUGCUCGCUACUGUGCCCAGAGACUCCAGGAGGAGGGUUUAAGUUUUGAGUCUAAUGGGACUGCAGGAACAGUGGAGAAGGACAGUAAUACCACUAAAGAUAUGGUCCCACCUCCAAGAACCAAACGGUUGCAGGUUGCUGGGGCAGGUGGGGCUCAGUCUCCAGUGGCACCACCAAGGACUCAUGUCCCAUCCAAGUCAGGCUUCUCCCAUGUCAAAGAUGCUGAUCUAGUCAAGAAGCGCAGGUCACAGCGGAGGAGUGGAUCUGUAGAGGAAGCAGACGCAUCAGUGGUCAUUGCAGGACAAGAAGACCGGAGGAAGUCAGACACUGAAAGACCAGAGGCAGUGUAUGAGGAGCGAAGACCAGAAGGCCAGGAUUGCAGCCAGUAUGUGCUGAAUCAGAUGGAAGCCCUGGGAGCAGAACAAAAUCAUAUUGACAAUAGAGCCGAUGUCGUGGAGAGGAAACUCAGACAAUUACUGGAAACAGACAGUGACAAAGUGGAGGAGGAAAGGUUGAUUCAGGAAUGGUUUACGCUGGUCAACAAGAAGAAUGCUUUAAUCAGGAGGCAGGACUAUCUCCAACUACUGCUGGAAGAACAAGACUUGGAAAGAAGAUUUGAGCUAUUAAAGAAAGAGCUGAGAGACAUGAUGGCGAUUGAAGAGUGGCAGAAGACUCAGGCUCAUAAACACAGAGAGCAGCUGCUGCUUCAAGAGCUGGUUGCACUGGUCAACCAGAGAGAUGAACUGGUCCACAGUAUAGAUGCCAAAGAGAGAGGAGCUCUGGAGGAGGAUGAGCGUCUGGAACGAGGUCUGGAGCAGCGGAGGAGGAAGUAUUCUAAACAGCAGAAGGAGAAAUGUCUGAUGCAGUGAUUGUAUUGACCUGCAGCCAUGAAACAUUUAUCUGAAAGGAAGAAAGUCAAGAGUGUGACAUUCAAUUUUACUCUUCUCUCACCUGCUAUCAGAAUGAUUUCAUUCAGCAGUAAGAGGACACUUAGGCCAGGCCUGUCAACACAGCUGACUCAAGGAAGGUACCAAGGGACACACUGAAUGAGUAUGAGGUAGCACUGAACAUCCAGUGGAGACUCAGAUGUUCCAGAGUGAGGCUCUGCUAGGAUUAGACUCUGAAUCAAUUAUAUUUGAGUGUUAUUUGCCCUUCUGAGUGUCUUAUAAUGUGGCACGAGGCUCCAUUUUAUGACCAAAAUUCAAGGUCUCCUGAGGACAUUACAGGAUGAGAGAAAUAUCCACCAGUCCUCCAAAUGGAAAAACAAAAUACCCAUGUUUUUCACUUACAAAAACAUAUGGGUAGGGUUUAUUUAAGUCACCAUAGUUGCCUUACUAUAGAAUGUGCUGCAGUACAUUAUAAAUGACAGUAAAAACUGUACAGAUAUACAUCGCCCACACAUGCAGAUUGGUUCAUUGUGGCAGUUUUAUUGGAAUUGAAUUUCGUGUUGUCAGCCCUUGUGUUUGGAUGUUUGUUGUUUGCCUUAUUUAUUUCUUAAAGAUAAAAAAAAUAGCAAUUUGGAAAUGAAAAAGAUAUACAAUGUAGUUAGUGUCUGUGUUUGAGAUGUUAAGUGUUUACAUCAUAUUGUAUUAACAGGUCUUGAGUGGAACAGACAGGGUGAAGGUGACAAUGGGAUGCAAGAAUUAGGAAAACAAUAUCAGUCUUCUAACUAAGUUAUUGGAUUAAUUGCAAGUUUUAAUAUUUAUUCAAGAUAUAUCAACCAAACAAGCAGCCACACUGAUCUACUUUACUGGUUUGUAUUUUCACCAACUCUUACAGCCCAUCUGCAUUGUAGUAUUUGACUUCCAUCUGUGUAGACAAUGUUUAACACAAUACCAUAGCAUUCAUCUUUUUUUGUCAAUUAAUGACAAAGGAAAUGACAUUUCUAUCAGAUCUGCACGUUUUUCUUUUUUCUGUUGCCACUGAUAAGGAAGAUGCUCUGAUAAGCUUCAAGUAUUUAAGCACACUGAGCGGAGCCUGUCUUUUAUUUUGUUAAUCAAGUAAUGGAAAUAUUGUGCAAAAAACUUUUAUAUUACACAAAAGUUGUUCUGAAAUGAAAAGUGAGGAUGUGAAUGUUCCUGCAUGAUAAAAGACUCCUCUUCAUUUGCACAAUAUUAGCAUUUAUUUAAAGUGAAUUGGCACUGGCAUUGACAGUUCCUGAGAGGUUUUAUUUUUGUGGAUACAGCUUUGCAGUACUCAUGUUGCCAUAUACUGCCGGUGGUAGCAGCUCUGAUCUCCAGCUGUGUCAGUUAGUGAAAAGGGUUGGAAAGGUUUUAUUUGCAAUUUUAUGUUCCAUUUGCACUAUUUGUAAUGUUUGGAAAAUAUAAAAGAUUUGAAUGCC